GCUGGCUCAGUCAAGCUGAAACCGCGAAGGCCCGCGAUAGAGCGAAGCGAGCGAGCGAGCGAGCGAGCGGGCGCGCGCGUGCCUUACUAGGUACCUCUCGCGAACGUUUCACCGUUUCUCCGAUGCCGCUCGUUCGUCGCCGGCCGCGGGAGGAAAACUCCACGUUUUACGUCGUGCGCCGUCAAAUCGGCCGCGAUACUCGAAGACGACGCGACGACGACAAGUGAGCGAAUCCUCGCGGAUCCUCCCGCGCGAUAACGCGCGUAACGAUGCUCCGGGGGUAUACGGCGAGUGCGACGCGAUAACGCGCGGAUUUUUCGCGUAAACGCGAUAAGACGGGUGUGCGCGAUACCGUGAUUCGCAGUGGCGGAAUAAACAACGGGGGCGAAUCCUCGCGGCGAUUCCGCGCGGCCGCCACGAUGCUCCCGUCGCGGUCUUCACGACUAACCAGGCGGAACUCGCUUACGGGAUAUGAUGUCAGUGGAAUAAACGGAAGACGUGUAUGCCGUGUACGCCUUAUCGGUAGUUACCGUAUCGGUGCGCCUUAAAAAGCGCGCUGAAUCAUCGCGCGGUAAAAUUGACGGUGCGCGCCGCGGUGUGCCGUCGUUUACGCGAUUGGCUCUCUCUCUGUCACGAGGCAAGGUGUUGUGCGGAGUUGCACAAUAAACGACGAGGAGGAAAAAUCAGCCGCGCGCUCCGAGACGGGCAAGAGAGGAGUGAGAAGAGUCGCCUUCUGCCGCGAAAGUCGCGCAUCGAGCCGACCGUGAUCUCGGUGUUUAAAGGUCACCGAAUCAACGAGACAGAGAUCAAAGGAUCGAAGCAUCUAUUAAGCCCGCUCUGCUCUCUUCCACGCGUUAUACGCGCGGAAAAUCACGACGGUGGGGAGAGCGGGCAGCGCGAGACUUGCUUGUCUCUCUCUUUCUCUCUCAGUCGGUCGCCACGGCUCGCCACGGCUUUCACGACGGUCCGUUGGAUACCGAGCGUAUCUUCUCUAACGUGAUUCCUUCUGCCAGUUAACCAAAGAAUACCUGUGGUAAUUCGCGAAUAUUGUUUACGAAUUGAAUUGAAACGUAUAUAUGCUGUGCGAAGAACGAUGGGCUCGAAUCGAAGCGGGACUCACGCCCCGGAACGGUGAACACUUUCGUGACGAAUAGUGAUGAUCGCGUACACGAUGAUCGAGCCACGCAGUGAUAGGGUGACGGUCUGCUCACCUCAAACUCAGCACCAAUGUUAUCAAGUGAUACGAACCACCAGAGUGCACCAGAGUUCGCGAAGCUCGAGGAUGGUGACCGUUCAGGAGAAGGUCGUCAGGUCGCGUCUUCAGUUGGGUUACUCCACACCGACGUCGUUCAUCAAUCGCUUCCCGACGAAGGUGGAGAGACCCAUGGCGUCGCACAGCAGCACGGCCGCUAGCCAGAUCCACGGCAACAGCAUGCACGGCGCGUAUUCCGGCAGUCAGACAUCCCUGUCGACGACAUCGUACAUCACCGGCCAGUCCUACAUGCAGAGCCAGAAUUACGCGCACGGGCCGCCGUAUCCCGCUGCAGGCGUGCAGGUCUACUCGCACAACGCGACGGGUUACUCGCAGCCGCAGAGCUACGGCACCAUGGUCCAGGGCUUCGGCGGGCAACCGCAGUCUGCCGGGUAUCAGCAGAGUCAUCUUAAGAAGGGCUCGGUCCGCAACGGCGACGUGCUCAAGCGGUGUCGUCUGCAGACCGCAUACGAGCUGUCGCAGGAUCUGCUCGACAAGCAGAUCGAGAUGCUGGAGCGAAAAUACGGCGGCGUGAAGGCGCGGAACGCGGCGCUGACGAUUCAACGUGCCUUUCGGAGGUACACGUUGCUGAAGAAGUUUGCGGCGAUCACGGCGAUGGCCAAGGCGGAGAAGCGAUUGAGUAGGAAACUUCAGGAGGCGGCGACGGAUCGCAACCUCAAUGAUCACGAGAGAAUGGUCUAUCACAGUCAGAUAUAUAUUCAGCAGGCACAGUCCGCCAACAGACCGAUGCCGAUCCGAAGCAUGUCUCUCAGGGAGAGGCGGCACGUGGAUAACUCGCAAUCGCCUAUACCGAGGAGUCAGAGCGGUAGAUGCGAGGUUCAGGUCAGCGGCCAUCAACACACGAAUCACAAUUUACAUCAAAGCGGCAGACACACGCCUUCAUUGGCGCCCAGCCCGUGCAACCGACAUCAGCAAUUACCACCGAGCCCCUGCUGGGAGUCGAGCUCCCAAGAGAGCGGCUCCAGUAUCCAUUACUACAAUCCACAGCGCCUUAAUUUGAUAGAAAGACGCGAUUUCUAUUUAACACAGGAAGCUUUGUGUGGUCUGAGACAAGAGACGCCGCCAAGAGACUUGCUGCGAACACCGUGUACGUCGCCGUCGACGCCGCACAAUCUGCAGACGACGAUAUCGCAAAAUUGGAACAAUGCCAAUCAGCUUGGUCCUAGCAGAACGAGAAGUUCCGGCAAGAAGGUCCCGCCGGAGGUGCCGAAGAGAACGUCCUCCAUCACCUCGAGAUCUAUGGAACCGCGACACAAUGGUCUCAGUAAAAGCGUGGAGAAUGGUAGUCUAAGCUCGGUGCAGAGUUCCGGCAGCGAUUCCACCAAUUGCGAGAGUUCCGAGGGCGAUGCUCAGAGAGGAUCGCCCGUUUGGAAGCACAAAGGGAUUCCGAGUUCGCCGGAACAUCAGGAAUGCGCGAGUCAUACCACGGACGCGGCGACGAUGGCCGCUAACGUGAAGGAGCUCGGACACUCACAUGCCAGCUCCGGCUACCAGCUUCCCCUGAUGGACCACACAGAGAGUCUGCCGACUCAAACGAGCUACAAGGUGUCUGAGACGGUGAGGAAGCGGCAGUACAGGGUCGGCCUAAACCUUUUUAAUAAGAAGCCGGAAAGAGGGAUCAGUUACCUCAUCAGACGUGGAUUUUUGGAGAACAGCCCGCAAGGAGUCGCCAGAUUCUUGAUCAGUCGAAAGGGAUUGUCUAAACAGAUGAUAGGAGAGUACCUCGGGAAUUUGCAGAACACUUUCAAUAUGGCAGUGCUUGAAUGUUUUUCUCAAGAGUUGGAUCUCUCUGGAAUGCAAGUGGAUGUCGCUUUACGAAAGUUUCAAGCCUAUUUUAGAAUGCCCGGCGAGGCGCAGAAGAUCGAGCGGCUUAUGGAGGUCUUCAGCCAACGUUACUGUCAAUGCAAUCACGAUGUAAUAUCGAGGCUGCGGUCGGCAGAUACUGUUUUUGUCCUGGCCUUUGCUAUUAUCAUGCUUAAUACAGAUUUGCACACACCGAAUCUAAAACCUGAGCGCAGAAUGAGACUCGAGGAUUUCAUAAAGAAUCUCCGAGGAAUCGAUGAUUGCGGCGACAUAGACCGAGAUAUUCUAGUUGGCAUUUACGAACGGGUAAAAGAUAACGAAUUCAAGCCGGGCUCCGACCACGUGUCGCAAGUAAUGAAGGUCCAGGCAACUAUUGUUGGAAAGAAGCCAAACAUGGCGCUGCCGCAUAGAAGAUUGGUGUGUUACUGCAGGCUCUACGAGAUACCGGACAUCCACAAGAAGGAGAGACCCGGUGUUCAUCAGAGAGAGGUUUUCCUCUUUAACGACUUGCUCGUCGUUACGAAGAUCCUGAGCAAAAAGAAGAACAGUGUAACUUACACUUUCAGGCAGAGCUUUACACUUUGCGGCAUGGUGGUCACCCUAUUCGAGGUUCCCCAUUAUCCAUACGGCAUAAGACUCUCUCAGCGUGUCGACGGAAAAGUUCUAGUCACAUUUAACGCUCGAAAUGAGCAUGACAGGUGUAAAUUUGUGGAAGAUCUUAGGGAAUCCAUCAGUGAGAUGGAUGAAAUGGAAACUUUGCGUAUCGAAACUGAGUUGGAGAGACAAAAGAGCAGUAGGGGCGCGCGGGGCGGUGCGGAAAACAGAGACUCCGGCGUUGCCGAUGUGGAGAUAUGUCCUUGUCCCGGGACUUGUUCCGACAGAGCAGAAACGGUCGAUGUCGACACGCAAUUGAAACGUUCCGCUCUUAGUAAUUCUCUUCUGGACAUACACGAGCAGUUUGCUGGAGAGAAGCCACAGCGUCGUGGAAGCGUGGGUUCUUUGGAUAGUGGUAUGUCUAUUUCAUUUCAAUCUACUUCUGCCAGCUCGAUGAGCCAAGGCAUUAAGCAUCCUGGACAAGUUCAUCCUAUUCAUCCAGGGGCUACGAUCCCUGGUGCCAGUGGUAAGGGACUGGCUCAGCAGCCGUCUUUUUUAGGAGGUCUCUUCGCCAAACGAGAGCGAAAACUAUCGCAAUCUGAAGAGUCUGGCCCUUACAGUCGUACCACGGAAGUAUAAUGUACUCUUCCAGUAACGUAAACGAGGUACACUUUUAUAUUUUCUUCUAGUACGCUUCGUGUUUUUAAUAAGAUGUCUAACAUCGAUGACGAGGAUUUUAAAAAUAGCAAUAAUUAUUCCCUAAUUUAUUCGUAUUAAUAAAAUUAUGAUCGUCAUUUCUCCUGUUUGGAGCUUCUCGUCAUACAAUCUUAAAAAAAAAGAAAGUAAAAUUAAUACAAGCAGCAAGACUACCGCAAAAUGUUCUAUUAGCGUAGUGUCUACUACUAAUAAAGUAGCGUCGUUUUAUACGUAUACCACGAAGCGUGCUAAAGGAUUAGAGAGAUAAUGAACGACAGAUAACGCUAAUAAGGACGUAAAUCUGAAGGAUUGGGCAGGAUCCAAUCGAGAUCACCUGGCGCAUUUAAAAAGAAAAAAAGAAAAUUUUAACCUAUUCUCCCCUCCCGAAAUUGUGUAUAGUAUUUAUUCAUCUAAAACAAAAAACUAAUGGACACAUUUUUCAUACAGUGUAUUUAUAAUUUACGAGGAAUAUUGAAUGAUAGAAUUGUGUGUAGAUAAUAUUAUUACAUUUUUGCUUAGUUUUACACUAUAGACGGGCGUUAACGAGUAGAGUCUAAUGAAGAGAGAAUCAUAAGUCACAAGAAUUGUACGAAUACGAGAUAUCUUAUCGAGAGUUUCUAAUAGUAAUCGCUAUCAAGUAUUAUCACCAUCACCGAUCCGAAAAGCUGUAAAUAAUAGACGUAUAACGACGUUCGAGUUGUCACGUGUAACGAAAAGGAGUUUAGCAUAAGGGAAACGAUAAGCAAUCUCUAUCGAUGUUAGGUGCAUGUUGAUGUCUAACGAUUUUUAUUAUUGGAAACGUGAAGUUUGAAUGUAGCAAUGAAAUAAGACUUAACGUAAGACGUGUUUGUCAUUAUAGCGACCUAUUGAUAAUCAUUCACGAAGAAGUAGUUUUUGCUUAUGUAUGUUGAAAUUUUGACUCAAAGUUGUUCGCAUUUUCACUAAAAGAAAAAAAAAAGGGAAGGAAAGGUGAGAAAAGAAAAAAAGACCAGCAUGUUAAAUAUAUCCGCGAUUAAUUCGUUUCUCGUCUUCCGCGGCGAGAGUAGACGAUAGAUCUAAAUGUCGAUAUAAUACCGUCGCGAGAGCGUAAACAUGUAAGCUAAGUUACGUACGCGAAACAAAGGAAACAAAAAAAAGGAAGACAAGAACGCGCAUGCCUUAUAUACUGCCAUGAUAAAAAUCUCGCGCGACCGAGAAACGAACUAAUGUAAUUACAAUCGUAGAGGAGGUUGGAAGUUCUUUUCCAAGAAGCUGUGGAAUUGUAUGACAAACUAAUUAAUCAUGUACAUAGCGCUGAUCGCGACAUCAGCUGGCUGUAAACAAGCAAACGGCGUUCAUUAAUUUAAUGAUAAUCUCCUGUUAAAAUAACGCAUCUACAUAGGAGGAGUGUUUAAUAUAAUUCUACUUUAGGUUUCGUUUCCUUAUUUGACCUGCGCUCGAGAAUAUCAGGCGUGUUUAAAGGAUUCUAAUAACAUUACGCAGGCGAGAGAGGAGAGAGAGAGAUACACUUUUCCUUCGGCGAUAAAUUUGUAAUUAUCGUUAACUUAAGAUUAAGAUUCGUUGGAGGGAACGAGAUUGCGAUCGGUCAAAGAUAUCAUGCAAGAAAAAAAAAGAUUCUCGUGUAACGUUCUCGUGUGCGUAGAUAUUGGAAUUUCGCGAGAAGUCUCUCGCAAGAGAGUUUUUUCGCGCGCGGAAAGAGAAGGUAGAAGAAAUAAUUACAUCGCGCUGACAAAUUUUUAUACGUAUAUCACAUGACGAUCGACCACAUGCUAAUUUUCCGCUUGUCACCGUCUGCUAACAACUGUUAUCGAUUGACUCUUGAUAUGAACGACCCGUACUAAUGUACUAAUGUACUUUAUAAAACGUUGUAAACGAUCGAAUGUUGAACACUCCGUUCUAUUUAUGAUUCUAAUAAAGAGAAACGAGAAAAGGAGCAGAGGAACGUAAUUGUUGAAAUUGUCGAGGGACAAUUUGCGCAUUUUGUGGUGGCUUAUUGCCGACAAUAUAUACAUUCUGUUUACUGAAAGAGAGAGAGAGAUAAACGGAGAGGAACACUUCCAUGCCUGUCGCGAACUUUCUUUCUGUAUUAAAACAAGCUACUCGCACGCAUCACCGACAUCGAUUUCUAGUCUUUCUCAUCGACAUCGAUGUGUACGCGGUACGUAUCUUCGUACCGCAAAAAGCAACGGGAUUAAUUCGCGAAGAUAAUCCUCCGCAAAAAUUGUACAGAGACACAUAUGAUCGACCUUAGACGCGGCAUUUAACGUCACAAAGUACGCUAAGUUUUACACGGACGAGAUCGCGUCAAUUCUUCUCACUGGCCACUCACUUAAAUGUCUUAAAUCUUAAAUAAUCUGAAUUCUGUGAUAAUCUCGCGCGAGGACAAGAACAAAAAAGACUGAUUAGGAAGAACCCCAAAUUUUAUUACGACACGUAUCCUUUUUUGUCACUUCUUUCCCCCCCCUGCUCACAGAAAGAAAAAAGGGAAUCACUUUAUUGAGCUUAAUUAUAUUAAUGAAGAAAGAUGAACUCGAGCAUCGCCUCGCUCUAUCCCUCUAAUUUGAUCGACCUAUAUCGUCGUCGUCAGUCGUGUUAAAGUAGAAAUACGUAUUCUUGUUGGCGGUAUAAAAUAUCAGGGAAGAAUGGAUUGCACCAAAUUGGCGCGAUCUUUAUAGUCUAGACGCCCGAUUGAGCACACGUCGCGGCCGUUAUUCGGCUUGCUCUCCGUGAAAAGCCUUGCUGAUGAGAAAGCGCGUAUAAUCAAGAUCAGUCGCCCUCCCUCGCCCCCCUCCACCCUCCCCUUCCCUCUCAAUGCCAAAUUAUUAGUAAAUUCCUCCCUCGUUAGUCUAGUGAAUGCUGUAAGUACACUGUGUUAAUAAAUAACUCUGAAUCCGAAACCGAAA